AUGUCCAACCCCCGGGUUGCCACAUCUUUCCACUACAGCAUGGCCGGAUACCCUCCUGGUGAUGGCACCCGUGGCACGCCCCGCAGCAUUAUUUGCGCGGCUGUUUGGACUACGGCUCGUUGCCAAAUCUCCGAGUCAUUGAGCGUUGCGCCACGUCAAUCUUUGACUGCGGAGACGCGGCCAACACUGUAGAGAGUCACGCCUUUCUCUCUGACUGGUCAUACAGGAUGGAGGUGACUGGAGUGGUCUCCUCAAUCCUCCCCGUUUUGAGGCUCCUCUUUCGCCUCAUUUUAGGCCAUCCAUCACUAUCACCUGAUUAUUGGAGCCACCGUGACUGGACCACGAAGCUGCCACCGACUCCCUACCACAGUCGCGAACUUUGACACGUUCUCUUAGCAGUCGUUGUCCAGCGACUCUGGAGGAGGCUAUUCCAUGUGAUUCCUGCACGGACUAGCCGGGUUUGAAAACCGGACUACCAUG